AUGCAAUUCUGGAAAUACUCAACUAGUGCAUUGGCCACUCUCCUUGCAGUUGUAUCAAUCACCAAUGCCAGUGGCCCAACUGACGGUGAAGCUACUGCUGAUCCCAACUCCGCCGUUGUCAAGUUGACCACUGAUAACUUUGCCACAUUCCUUGAGGAAAAUCCUUUGGUUUUAACUGAAUUCUUUGCCCCAUGGUGUGGAUACUGUAAAAUGUUGGGACCAGAAUUUUCCAAAGCUGCUGACACCUUGAACGAGUCUCAUCCAAAUAUCAAGUUGGCCCAAGUCGAUUGUACUGAAGACCAAGAUUUGUGUGCUGAACACGGAAUCAAAGGCUACCCAACAUUGAAGAUUAUCAGAGAUGGUGCAUCAAAAGCUGCUGAAGAUUACCAAGGCCCAAGAGAACACCAAGGUAUCGUUGAUUACAUGGUCAAGCAAUCCUUGCCAUCUGUCCAAGUGCCUGAAUCAUGGGAGGAUUUGGAAAAGUUGAUCAAAGAACAAACUAAGCCAUACAUUUUGAAAGUCAAUGGUGCUGCUGAUGACAUCUUUGAAAAGAUUGCCAGUACAAAGAGAAACGAUUUUACGUUUAUUGAUGUUGGUAAAGAUUACUUGAAGCAGUUGGGUAAAGUAAUAAAUCAAGAUUUGAAAAAGGCUUCCUACUUGGUUGUUCACCCAGGUGAAGUUGUUGAAGCUAUUAAAUAUGAUGGUAAAGCAGAUUUGGACAAGUUGACUGAAUUUAUCUCCGUUGAAACCUUGCCAUACUUUGGUGAGAUUAGCAGAGAUACUUAUAUGGCUUACAUGACGUCGACUUUACCACUUGCUUACUAUUUCUACAAGACUCCAGAGCAAAGAGAAUCCAUUGCUGCUGACUUGAGCAAGUUGGGUAAAAAAUUUAGAGGUAAAUUAAACAUUGUUGGUUUGGAUGCCAAUUUGUAUGGAAGACACGCCGAAGCAAUUUCAAUGGAUCCUGAAAUUGUUCCAUUGUUUGCUAUUCAACAAGUUGCUGAAAAUAAAAAGUUUGGUGUCAACCAAACUGAACACCCAGAUGGUCCUUCAUUCAAGGUGAUUGAAAAGUUUGUCUCUGAUUUCUUUGACAACAAGUUGCUGCCAAUCGUCAAGUCUGAACCAUUACCUACCGAAGAAGAAAAAUCGGCCAACCCAGUUGUCAAAUUGGUUGCACACAACUACGAUGAGAUUUUGAAGGACACCAAUAAGGAUGUCUUUGUUAAAUACUACGCUCCUUGGUGUGGCCACUGUAAGAAAUUGGCACCAACUUGGGAAGAAUUGGCUGAAAUCUUUGGAUCAAAUAAGGACGACGCCCAAGUUGUCAUUGCUGAUGUUGACCACACUGCUAACGAUGUUGAUGUUCCAUUUGAAAUUCAAGGAUACCCAACUUUGUUAUUGUACCCAGCCAAUGGUGAAAUUGACGAAAAAACUGGCUUGAGAAAGCCAACUGUUUUCGAAGGUCAAAGAGAAUUGAAUACCUUGCUUGAUUUUGUUAAAGAAAAGGGUGCUUUGGGUGUUGAUGGUGCUUCAUUGCAAGAAAAAUUGAAGGAAGAUAAGGAAGCUCUUGAUGAAGCUGCUGAAGAACUCAAAGAAAAAGUUGCUGAGGAGAAGGAAAAAGUCGAACACGAUGAAUUGUAA